AUGGCUGCAGGAUCACCUUCUUCAACAAUUAUGUUCUUUGGCACCACAAACACAAUAGAUUACAUGGAGCUCAUGGCAAAUUCUCAACAGAAUCAUCAUCCUGUUGAUCCCAACAAGCAAAGCAAUCAAUCUGAAGCCUCAUGCAAGUUCUUCAUUAAUGCUUUUAUUUAUUUACCUUAUUAUCUUGUGCCAGUUCGGUUUUGGCGGUCUAUUUCAAACCGUAAACAAGACAAUGAAACAGUUUUUCUAACCGUAAACCAAACCAGUUCACUGGAUGAUUUAGCUUGGUUUGAACGAAACUUUGGUUUAUUGACAAUAGAUCCAAAGGAAGAAGUUGCAAUAUCAGUGACUCCCAACACUCUAUUAGAUCCAAAUAGGUAUGUUUGUGAAGUUUGCUACAGAGGCUUUGCAAGAAGGCAGAACUUGACGCUUCAUCGACGAGCUCACAAUCUUCCUUUCACUCUCAAGACGAGAACAUCGAACGAACCAUCACCAAGAAAGGUGUAUCUUUGCCCUGAGCCCACAUGUGUCCAUCACAACCGUUCUCACGCCUUAGGAGACUUUGGCGGUGUUAGGAAACAUUAUUUAAGAAAACAUUGUACUACGAAGAACUUUAAAUGUGACACCUGUUGCAAGGCUUACAGUGUUGAGGCUGACUUGCGAGCGCAUUCAAAGGUUUGUGCCAAGAAAAAAUAUGCUUGUCGCUGCGGCAGUUGUUUCAUCAGGCGUUGUGACACACCAGAGCAUGUGGGCGCAGCCAAAUAUCAACAAACGCUCAACGUAGAAGACAGUGCAGUCAAAAGCACUAGAAAUGACAACAGCAGCAGCAGCCUCAUAGGCUCGGUUAUGUCACAUCCGACAACAUUACUCAUGGGACCGCAAAUUUCGUCCAUCCAAAACCAGCCCAAUCCUUACCAUUCUAUCGCGUCCCACCAGUAUCAACUAUCUCAAAUCGGAGAAGAUCAUCGCAUGACCAACCCUUACGGCGGCUUAAACUUCAGCAUGAGUCACCCAUACCAACAUGAGUCUCAGAUGAAAAGUGAUAAAGGCUUGUAUGCGGAUGUGUCGAUGGACAAGAUCCCAUUACACAGUCUGAAUCUUGGAGAUGGUGGCACUAGUUAUCGACCUGGGGAAGGCUCAAAUUCAUUUUCGAAUGGUGGUUAUAUGUUUGAUCCUUCAAGCUCUCUUAAUUUGACACCAGCUAUGCAUAACACUGGUCAAGAUGGAAUGUUGAAUCCUAUGAGUGGUAUUAGCGAUGGUGGAAACUACGGGUGUGGCAGUUACUAUGGUUACGGUUACGGUUAUGGUUAUGGUUAUGGUUAUGGUCAUGGAAGUGGAAGUGGACAGUUUGACCAUGGACGUGCAAUGGAAGGGGGCAACUGUGAAGCAUCAGCGGCAACUGCACGAGCAGUAGCCCCAUCCGAAUCGCACUUGAACCAACAUGGCUUUCGGUUUUGA